AUGUCGAAAUCCCUGAUUCGCAAGGCCAAGAAUGUGGUGAAUGGGUACUCGACGAUUCAAGUGCUUGUGCGCGAAGCAACCUCUAACGACCCGGAGGGCCCAUCGCCGGAGCUUCUGGAUGUGAUCGCUGAAAGAUCUUACGACAGUGUUGAGUUCUUUGAGUUGAUGGACAUGCUGGACAAGAGACUGAACGACAAAGGUAAGAACUGGCGACAUGUGGCGAAGUCGCUGACAACACUGGACUACUUGGUGAGAGACGGGUCGGAAAAUUGCGUGUUGUGGUGCAAAGAAAACUUAUAUUUGAUCAAGACAUUACGGGAAUUCAUGCACGAGGACGAAAUGGGCCAGGACCAGGGACAACUCGUGCGUAUAAAGGCCAAGGAACUGACAUCGCUACUGCUGGAUGAAGAACGUUUGCGCGAAGAACGAGAAAUGCGGUCACGUAACAGAAGGCCCAGAAGGCGGAGAACCAGUAACGGGUACGACGAUGAUUUGCAACGUGCCCUCGAGGAGAGUCGUAUCACGGCGGAAGAAGAAGAAGCAGAACGCAGGCGUAGACAAGAAGGCUACGGUGAUGGGGAAUUGGAGACCGCGUUGCAACUCAGCAAAGAGGAGGAAGAGCUGCGGCGACUCCGACAAAUGCAGCAGCAGCAGCGGGUCCAACAGCCCACUGGGUACAUGUUCGCGCAACCCACGCAGCCUGCGCAACCCAUGUACUACGAUAUCUUUGGCAAUCCGAUCUCCGCGGAAGAGUAUUUGCAAUUCCAGCAACAGCAGGCUCAGCAGGCUCAGCAGGAGCUCGCAAUGCAGCAGUAUCAACAGCAGAUGGCAGAGCAACAGUACUUGGCACAGCAGCAAGCUUUUUUGCAGCAACAACAACAGCAGCAGCAGUUUGCGCAGUCGCAGAUGCCGCUACCGACCGGAUCCAAUAAUCCGUUUGCACUUGGAAACGGUGCGAACCAGAACUCGACACCCGUGGUGCCCGCCGCGCCCGCAAGGCCUCCUACUGAGCCCCUCAGAAACGAGCAAGCUAUGCUUCAACAGCCUCUGAAGCAAACGCGAACCGGUAACCAGUCUAUUUCGGACAAGUACAGCGAACUGAACAAUCUGCUGGCCUCGGGCACAGGGAUCGACACCUUCGGUAACACGGGCGAUGCGAGGGUUCCAGCGCAACACACUAAAACUGGCACAUUCAUCAAUUCCCAGGGUACAGGUUAUAAGCAAGUUUCGAACGAACCGAAAAACAAUCCUUUCUUGGGCACCCAGUACACAGGGCUCCCCAGCACCAGCAUCGCUCCUGCAUACACCGGUUAUGGCUUUGGGAACCAGUCUUCCCAACCCUCUCAGCACAACCGAAUGCAGCAGGGCCCGACGCCUGAUCAGGGUGUCAGUUUGAUUGAUCUGUAG